CUAACCUCUUUCUCUCUCUCUAUAUGUCAUAAAGAAUACGUUCAUCUUGCCCAAGCUUGAAGUUACUACUAUAUAUAACCCUAACCACAUAACCCAACCCCCUCCCCAAAAAAUAUCCCUUUCAUCAUCUUCAUAUUCAUCUUCAAUUCUCAAACAACCAAGAUCCAUAAAUUCAAUCAUAAUUUUUUGAAAAAAUUUAUUCAUCUUUUCUUUUAAUAAUUAUAUAUAUAAAAAAUGCCUCCAAAAUCUUCUCUCCUCCUCCAAAGAACCGUCGACCACCACUUUGACCACCAGAUCGACAACAACACUCUCUUCGUCAACCCCACCACCCAAAUCCCCGAUCAUAUUUCCCACUACCACACACACGUGGUAGCCGAAGACCAAUGUUGUUCGGCCGUUGUUCAAGAAACAACGGCCUCCAUCGCCUCCGUUUGGUCGGUUGUUCGCCGCUUUGACAACCCUCAAUCUUACAAAAACUUCAUCAAAAGCUGCACCGUGAUUGGCACCGGCGACAUCAACAUCGGAUCACUCCGGGAAGUUAAUCUUAUCUCCGGCCUUCCCGCCGCACGUAGCACCGAACGACUCGAGAUCCUCGACGAGGACCGACAUGUAAUCAGUUUUAGCGUCGUUGGUGGGGACCACCGGCUUGCUAACUACCGGUCCGUGACUACACUUCAUCCCUCCGCCGUAGGUGACGGUGCCGGCACGGUGGUUGUUGAGUCUUAUGUGGUGGAUGUUCCACCGGGAAAUAGUAAAGAAGACACGCGCGUGUUUGUUGAUACAAUUGUACGGUGCAAUCUUCAGUCACUCGCGCAAACCGCUGAGAACAUUACACAACAAAACAACAACAACGAUCCUUAAUUUUAUUUUUAUUUUUACGUUUAUUAUUUAUAUAUAAUAUAAUUUAUUGGGUAAUUAUUAAUUAAGUACUGUUUAUAUUGUGAUUAUUGUUACUAGAUUGUGUAAUGUAUGAGUUUCUUAAAUAUUGCGCUUGAUCAAGAUUUCCUACUUGAUUUAUAUAUAUAUAUUAGGUUUUUUUUA